AUGGCGGCGGGCGGGCCCGUGAGGGGAGGGGGGGCGGCGUGGAUGGCGGCGGGCGGGCCCGUGAGGGGAGGGGGGGCGGCGCGCCAUGGCGGCGGGCGGGCCCGUGAGGGGAGGGGGGGCGGCGCGCCAUGGCGGCGGCGCUGCGCGGCGGGGUGCGGCGCUUCCCCUGGCUCUGCAACGUGCUGCUGUACGCGGGGCUCUUCGCGGCGGGCGACGCGGCGCAGCAGCUGUGGCGGCGGCGGCGGCGGGGGGCCGGGGGGCCGCCGCCCGACUGGGCGCAGACGCGGCGGGUGGCGCUGGUGGCCCUCGCCUUCCACGGCAACUUCAGCUACGUGUGGCUGCGGGCGCUGGAGCGGGCGCUGCCCGGGCGCCGCCCGCCCGCCGUGCUCGCCAAGGUGCUCUGCGACCAGCUGCUGGGCGCCCCCGUGGCCGUGCUCGCCUUCUACACGGGUAUGAGCAUCCUUCAGAAGAAAGAGGACAUUUUUUCAGACUGUCGAAAGAAAUUUUGGAAUACAUAUAAGACCGGGCUGAUGUACUGGCCUUUUGUGCAGCUGUCAAACUUCGUUUUGGUCCCUGUUUACCUGAGAACAGCUUACACUGGUCUCUGUGGCUUUCUCUGGGCUACCUUCAUUUGCUUUUCCCAGCAGAGUGGAGAUGGCACAGCAAGGUCAGCAUUUGUGUGGCUCCAAAGAGAGGAGGUCAAUGCAGAUGAAGAACCAUCAGAGAAAUAAGAACUUUAGUUCUGAACCCAUUUGAAAUUGGGAAACUGAGUUUAUGAAAGCCAGAAAACUGCACUGCAGCCUCAUUGCUGUGUUUAGAAUAAACAGUCGUCCCAACAUUUCUUGGUUAGUAUAAGCAGUGGAACAGUUUGUCUUUGUGCCUGUUUAUUUUUCAUAAAAGAGGCCAAUUGUAUAUUGGCACUUAAUUAUUUUCAUGCUGCCAGCCCAUCUCCUCUGGGGACGACUGACUGUUACAGGGCAGUGUAAGCAUUUGCACAUCAUGUCAGCCAGCCUCACUGGGGAGAAAUAUUAACUGUAAUUUAAUUUUCAAGCAACUUGUAAUUGCUAGAAAAGGGGGAAUAGAACAUUAAAUCAUCAGUGGUCGUACUUUACAAUUGUUAUCAGCGCAGGAUUGCUUUUGCAGAUCAAAACUUAAUGGACUUCUUAUCUAAAAAGUGGCAUUGCAUCUGUAGUACUCAGAGAAAAAAUAAUCUAAAAGUAGUGGCCAUUUCUCUAUAGGGGCAAAUUUGCUUUAUUCUGCACUAAAAUCUAUAUAGAAAAUAAAUUAUUUUGUAGGAUGUACAAACCUGAAAUAUAUUUAUACAUCUUCUACCUUAACUGGGAGAAUGAAGAUAACUUACUUCAGCCAGCACUCUUUGGGAUUCGUUAUGGAUACUGCAUAUUCACACUUGGGGGAAGCAUUGUUCAUAAGCAGCUCACACAGCAGAACCUAACUAAACCUGUGCUGUGAGCUGCUGUCAUAGCUGUCUACUGCUUAUUCCUGUGUCGCUCAAGGGACAAAGUAUUAAAGAGCACAUGGAAGUCUUGCCACUUUUCCAUUGUUUCAUUAAGCUCAAGACAUAAUUAAGAUUUUGAAGAAAAAGAGCAUGACACAGACAGUAAUGUGAAUGCCAGAAUCCAUCUCAAAACAAUCCAGCUAUAUAUAAGGAGCUUCUUCCAGCUAUAUAUAAGCAACAUUUCUUCUUCAAGCAGCUUUUAAACAUUUCUGUUCAUAAGAGACACUGGCAUAUAGUAACUAUGCAUAGGAAACUAGGAAAAGGUGAAAAUUAAUUAUAGGCCUGCUUUGUCAAACCGAGAAUCAGGUCUGGAUACAGGUGUACUCACCACUAUUUUCUAAAUGUUUAAAUAUAUCUCCAAACAAGAACUGUGCAAAUUUCUGUAAUUGCAGUAAGUUCAAAGCACACUAAUAAAGGAGUCCUUAGUUUUUUAGAAUGGGAUUUUAUGCCUUGAGGUUACUAAGCUGUAAGCUUGAAACAGUAUGUGAUUUAACACAUCUUGAUGAUGACUGGAAAGGUAAGACUCAACCCUCUGCUAUAUGAAUAAUAAACCACUUUGGGGAGUGUCUGAAUUCCUCAGUCUUGUCUAAACGGUAAACCAGAGCCUACUUAGGCUGUAAAAGUGCAUUCCUUUUGCAGGCAGCUGUACUACUUAAUAUAUUCUCUUUUGCAACUGUUUGUCACUGCAGGAGCCUGCUGCUGCAUGGCUCAGACAGGGAAAGGGAUCAUGCAAGCACUGCCCAAUCUACUCCAGGUAAAAUCAGCUUGGUUAGUAUAGCGCAGAGGUCAAGAGUGGUAGCCCAUAUGGCUUUGACUGCAGCAGAUGGGAAGGGAGUAAAUUGUGUGUGUGUGGGGGGGGGGGCUGCUUCUGCAGCCUGUUUUGCUGGCAGACGGAUGGAGGAGGUAGCUUCCCUCUCACAGAUGACAAGUCACUGCAGUUAUUUCAUCUUCAGCUGGCACAGGCAGACCUGGAACAGGGCACCUGUCUACCGUCUUAAAGUGGAAUUCAUUUUAAUUGCCUUUAGAGAUCUGUAGUGUGGACAUCUACAAGGUGGAUACUCAGUUGCAGCUCCCUCUAUUGUUAGCGGGGGCAAACAGGCAGUUUUAGAUUGCUGUUGUAGGGUGAGAUGAAUUACGCACUCUAAGUGCCCAUUUCUCAAUAACACACCCUCGGGGGACUAGCUCCGGUGUAGAUAGCUUCAUUGUAGAUUAUUGUAUUUGGUCAAGUGAAUCUCCUGCUUGGGGUCUAUUUUAGAUGUCCCUAUGGGAGUAGUUCUGUGGGUGUUGCUGCUUGGACCCCCCAGUGUGAACUGGGCAGUCUUGAAGCUGGCCUUCCCAGUAGGACUGGAAAUCCACAGAGGAACUAAUUGCAAUUUAUCUGUCUAUUUUAAAAAAGAGAAGAUGAGUGAAUUGAUGUUUUCAGGCUGCUAUAGCUGUUGAAUUGUUAUUGUGUGUAUAUGUUUAAAGUCCUCAAGAUAAAGAGGGAAUUUCAGGGUUUUUUUUCUGUUAAUAUUUUUAGAAUCAGAAUUAUAUUUCAAAGUCUGUUUUAUUCAGUGAGAGUUACAUUACCACAUGGUGUCUUACAUUAUACUUAAAAGUUUCAGAUGAGGUGCACUAAUGUUGUAUUUGAUUUUUUUUUUACAGCCUUUAUUUUUAUUUUGCUUAUGCUUUAAGUGUUUAAUGAUUAAUAGAAUUCAUUUGGAAAAAGGAACUGGCAAAUAAUGACAUUACAAGGAGAGUGAUUGUUUUGCUACAUGCUGUAAGCAGUAUGCCAUGUUAUGCUGCAACUCAGUGGUGGAGAAAAUUAUUUCUGCAUAGAUAUAGUUAGUAAAACCUAAGCCCCAGGAGAAUCAAGAAUUUAAGUCUGUCCUCAUGAUCUAUAUAAUUCAGGCACAUUUCUUCAGCAGGAGUAUUUAAUAAAUGGAACAUCCAUCUUUUAUUUUAAAAGUUUUAAAAGCUUAUACAAGCUGUGCCUUGUUGCUGUAGGCUUUUCUGACUUUAGCUCUUUGCUUGGAAACUUGAGCUCAGUCCUGCAUUGGCUUCAUGUUUGUUUGGCUAUGGUUUCAGCGUUCGCCUCCCUGUUUCUAUUAUUUGAAGUACAAUUCUUUCAUGUAAUGGGAGCAUUAGUUCUUAUAUUUCAGUAAACUUUAGAUUCUGCCUAAUCUUCAUUCCCUCUGUUUCUCUUCAGUAGUUACUAAGUACUUGAAAUCUAAGUAACCCAGGUCCCUUUUCCUAUAUAAAAUCUUUCUUUGUAAUUGCCAAUAUUGAUUGUUCUUGUGAAAAUUUCAGGCUUACAUAAUACAAAACAAUGAAGCUGUGUUGGGAAAAAUUCUCGGUGUGCAUUAAUUCAUGUACCUCCUAAAGAUUUCCUGCCUCUCUCAGUUUAUUCUGUUUGAGGACCUAACUCCUUAGUUGUUGGAGACUUUAUUAUUUCUUGACACUUCUUUGGCUCUGGAGACUAAUUUUGACACAUAUAUAAACUUAUGUUUGCUUCUAUAAUGGGAGUUUAAUAAUCACUAAUUGAGUACAUUCAUCAGAAAACAUGAGCUAGGUGAGACUCAUCCUCAUGUCUUUUUUUUUCCUCUCUGCUUCAAAAACAAUCAUAGAAAAUUGUAUUUUAUGACCAUAUAAUGGAAUUGCACUGAUCUUAAUGCCAGAUGAACACUGCAGAUUUCAAUAACAAGAAUGAAACGAAUAGGAUUAGACAUCAAGUAGGUGCUCAGGAAGGAGGGAAUGCUCUGCCAAUAGCUACUGGGCAUGCAUUCAAGUGACAUUUCCAGUUCAUGGGACCUCUCUAAGAGCAAAUGGAUUGAGAAGACAAAUUCGUAUCAGGUACAGUUGCAGCUUCAUUUUUUUUUCAGGAGAGCUGUGGAGAUUUAGAAUCUGAAUUUGAUAAAAUGGGAAUUUAAAAUGUAUUUUUCUAUUGCAAAUCUUUAAUGUAAAUGAACCUCCUAUGCUUACUGGUAUCUGAAACACAUACUUCUAGGCUUGGAAGAUUCACCAGAAAGCCUCCGUCUCUUUCACACCAGAAACAACCAACCAGUAGCAAUGCAUAAAAUAACCAGUUUCGUAUUGCAGUCAAGGUGAAGCUGUCUGACUGUAGUUUGGUACCAUGUCUGAUGAGUACCUUCUCUGUAUAGCACAACAGUAAAAAUAUGGGUAUGACAUCUGAAAUCUAUGCAGCUUCUGCAUUCUGAAUCUCUGCUCUAAGUGCCAAUGCUUUUUGCUAGUGCUGCUGCCUCUACUGCUAGUGCCAGUGCACUGAAAUGUGCAACAGAUAUUUGAAUACUCUAAAACAAUCAAGUUCAAGUUGACUGUGUUUUUGGAAAAGGCUUAAUAAACAUUAAAUGUUGCUCUUUG